GCCGAGGUCUUCAUGUCAGGGCCACACUAAUGCAGGCAAGGCCCAAGUUCAAUGACGGCCGAAAAUCAAGAACUCUACGGCCCAACCCAUGAAAACGCCAAUCAGUGAGAACCCCGAUCGAGCAUUUCGGGAUUCUGGUAGAGUGGUAGUUGCCCGGAGGGAAAGCAGAUCGCUGAUCUUAAAUACCUUGCCGGCCGAUUACGCAUACCCCAAAAAUUCAAUCGCCGGGAAAAUUGACUAGCUUCUUCCUGCUCAAUUUCCGUGGAGUCUUCCUUCCCCUUACCUGAAGAAUUUAGCCACGAAGUAGAGAGCUAGGGUUUUUUGCGGCAAGUCUUCGGUGAUUGAUUAUUACUGGGAGCGACUAUCUGUCUGAUGGGCUUGAUGGUGGCUCUCCAGCACUGAUGUCACUGGUCUGGAUUGUGCUUCGUCAUCUUGCGGAUAUUGAAGAGAUGGUAAAAGCUGAGUCAAAAAAGGUGAUUUCAAGAGUCGAGUGGGAAAAGAAGCUGAAUGAUGUGAAAAUACGGAAAGAAGAUAUGAAUAGGUUGGUGAUGAACUUCUUUGUCACCGAGGGUUAUGUUGAAGCUGCUGAAAAGUUCCAGAGGGAGUCUGGGACAGAAACAGGUAUAGAUCUCGGAAGUAUCAUUGAUCGCAUGGCUGUUAAGAAAGCGGUGCAGUGUGGGAAUGUUGAGGACGCAAUUGUGAAAGUUAAUGAUCUAAAUCCCGAGAUACUGGACACAAACCCCCAACUCUUCUUCCAUCUUCAACAGCAAAGGCUUAUUGAACUUAUCAGAAACGGUAAAAUAGAAGAAGCCUUGGAGUUUGCACAGGAAGAGCUAGCACCAAGGGGAGAAGAAGAUCAAAGCUUUCUGGAAGAGCUAGAGAGAACUGUAUCACUGCUGGCUUUUGAAGAUGUGGCGAACUGCCCUGUUGGAGAACUUCUCGAUAUCUCGCAACGGUUGAAAACAGCAAGUGAGGUCAAUGCCGCUAUUCUCACCAGCCAGAGCCAUGAAAAAGAACCAAAGAUCCCAACUUUGUUGAAAAUGUUGAUAUGGGCACAGAAGGAACUAGAUCAGAAGGCCAUCUACCCACGAAUAAACGACUUGUCUACUGCCACGCUGGAAGACUCUGGAGUUUGAUGUAGACGCCUGUGUUCCACAUUCGAGGAGAUAUUGAGCGUAUAGGGAAGCUUGGGAAAGAAGCAUUCCAGCAAUUCUACUACUCUUUUUCCAUGUCUCCCCCCAAAAUGGAUUCUUAAUUUCCCGAGGAAGUCCAAGAGGACGCUAAGAUUGAUAUGAUACUGUUUAGGGCUUGUGGAAUGCUCUUUCUUCUCCUCUUCUCCUUGAAAAUGUUCAUCGACAUACUCAUCUGUAACAAUUGAAAUUUCGGUGUACAAUCUCUGCUUCCUUUCACGUUUCUAUAGGUCCAUCAGAAGGUAAACUCUGCU